AUAUUUGAGUAUUUAAAAUCAAAGAAUAACUUUGUGGAGCGCCUGCUGUAUCACAUUGGCACUUCAGCAGUUAUGGACUUGCUACUACGUUUAAUAACUUGCAUAGAAUCACCAGAAACUCGCAGAGCUGUCAUUGAGUGGCUAAACAAGGAAAAAAUUGUUGCAAAACUGGUGGAUUCUAUUGUAGCGUUUACAGACGACGAUAUUCAUUGCAAUGCAGCUCAGUCUCUUUGUGAUAUUGUGCGGCUGGGUCGAGAACAGUUCACUCAACAGCAAGAUGCAUCAGACCCAGACCCUCUUCUAGUAACAAUGGAACAUGAAGAAACAGUAGCCCGGUUGUUGUCCAACAUGUUUGACUCUGGCAAGAAUGAAUCAGUACUCGCCAAUGGUCUUUGCGUUAUACAUACACUGCUGGAAGUACGAAGACACAGUACAGAGCUGUCUGACCACCUUGUGAAUGGGGAGACCGACCGUUGUACUCAGGGUUUAAAUAAUGUCAUAGCAGCUCUUAUUCCACGACUGAAAGACUUUCAUGAUCUUUUACUCAACCCACCAAAGCAAUGUUACAGUACUAUGCCUACAUCGUGUGGAAUCUUGGCCCCUCCACUUGGCAAUACAAGACUCCAAGUAGCAAAACUGGUCACAGCUCUAAUUGGAGCUAACAUGUUUCAAGUCAAUGUAGAACUGGCCUCUCUUAAAACAGUACCAACAUUAUUGGAAUUGUUCUUCACAUAUGAAUGGAAUAACUUUUUACAUACUCAAGUCGAACAGUGCCUUCUCUUAAUAUUUAAUAAUGGAUCCAUAGAGAUUAAUGGCCAACUUCAGCAUCCUUUGUUAACACAGUUGUUUACUGAGUAUGGCUUGAUACAAAAGGUGGUAGCUCAGUGGGAGGGCAAUGAACAGCACCAAAAUGUAAAAAAUGGCAAGCGACGAGGCUUCAUGGGACACCUCACAAAAAUUGCCAACUCAAUAUCGGGGCUACAAGAGAAGAACUCAACUUUGGUCACAGAAAUAUAUAAUGAGCUUUCACAAGAUGUUAGGGAUAAAUGGGAAGCUUUUGUUGCUGGACCUUUGGCAGAAGUUAAUAAAAAGAAUAUGAUAGAAUUGAUGCGGAAUCAUCCUUUGGCCUCUAGUAGCGACGAUGAGGAAGCAGACUUUAAAGACAUUCCAUUUCCUCAAGACACGGCCAUGCAACAGGCCUUCUCUGACUAUCAGUUACAGCAGAUGACCAGUAAUUUCAUUGAUCAAUUUGGCUUUAAUGAUGAGGAGUUUGCCGAGCAGGAUGACAAAAUUGACUCUGCUUUCUCUGAUAAAAUUUCAAGUAUCAAUUCAGAAGUUCAAGCACAUGAUAAUCAAGCAAGCGCUACAUUGUUUGAGCAAGUCUGCAACGAGAGACUUCAGCAGUUUGAAGAUGAUAGUGAUGAGGAUAUCUGGGAAGAAAAACCUGUUGCUUUUAAUAAAACUACCCAGCAUGCAAGACUAGAAAGGUUACAAGCUGCCACAGCUAGAUGUCACAGCAGUGAUGAGGACAGCACAGACAGUGGAGAAGAACUGGACUCUCCCGUCCGGAUAAUGCAGCAUCCAGCUGAGGGCAUGGAUGUUGACAAUUCUGAAGUGGGUCAUUGGCCGGCAGACUCAACUUCCCAGUCAGAUCAUACUGCAAUGGACACUACGUAUUCACCUUGGGAAAAACUGUCACCGGCUGAAGCCGCUACAACCACCACUGCAUCACCACCAGAAGAAAGUUGGGCUGAUUUUACAAAACUUCCCACACAGUCAGAGACUGAAGAGAACUGGGCAGAUUUUGCUUCUUUUACAAACAUCCAGUCUUCUUCUGUUCGGGGCCCUAGAAUGAGUUCUCCAGUGGAGAUGGACACAACCGAAAAUGUUGCGAGAGGCAGCCCAUAUGGGGACACGCAUGUGACGAGCCAUGAAGAGGAGGAGAAGGACAGUGACAGCUUGCAGCCAGAUUCAACGUCACAGAUACAUUCUGCAUGUGUGGUUAACGGCAAUCCCUCACCACUUCCAGACUCAUCGCCACAUGAUGUGUCUCACACUGCGGCUGUUUCACUUUCUGUGGAGGCAUCGGCCGCAGAUUCCCAAGUUUCGAGCACAUCAUCAGAGUCCAUUAACCCAGCCAGUGAAUGUAAACUCCAGACUGUGGUGUCAGUGAGCAGCACUUUACCUGAUUCAUUUAGGACCAGUACCUCAGAAGCUUCUACAGAUUAUGUAGGUUUGGGCACACCUGCUGUUGGCAGUGCUGGUAAACACAUUCAGGAAGAUGGCCCUUGUGAUCUUGGGUCCAAUUUCAACUUCCUGGCUGGUGCUGGAUUGAUCAAGCCUAUCCCUGCCCCUGCAACCUGCUCCGUCAAUAGUCAGCUGUUAGAGUCACAAGACACGGAACCUGUGACAGCUCCUACCUCACAGUCAACAGCAGUUGUACCUCCCUCAUCCAUAUUACCCGCAGAAGUGACCGAUGGUCACUCGAGGCAUCAAGAACCAGAUACUGCUCAGUCUACAUUAACACCAGCUCAAAAACUUGAACAAGCCAGAGCACAAGCAAAGGAUGCUCAGGAACUGUUUGACGCAGCUGUUACUGUUCACAACGGCCCCGUCUGA